ACUCACCAGUACAGUCGUCAGUCCGCACACCACAGCCGCACGUAGUGUUUCGUUGCCGUCGUCGUUGUUACCGUCGUCAGUCAGUCGAUUAGCUGCCGCGGUCAGAUUCGGUUCACUCCUUAGCUGCACGAACUCCGAUCGAGCAUAACGUUUACACGCAUCACGCCAGUGUGUGACAGGCGCUUUUUUAUUAUUCAUCCGUUGUCGCGUCUUACGAGCGAUUAUAUAAUAUUCGUCGUCGGCCGAAAUAGUAUUUUCGGUUUUUUGAGAAGAAUAUUCUGAAUACAGUAUAUUUUCUUUAAAACCUUUACCGAAAAUCAGUCAACAUUUCUUUCUCUACUUCAUUCGUCAUUACAAUAGAUAGGCGCGAAAAAAUUCCGAAAAAAAUGGAAGUCGUACCUCCGUACUACAUACAACCGUCGUACCCGGUCCAUUCCACUCUCGGAAUCUUGAAAUUGGAGGACAUCGAGUCGGAAACCAGUGCGUUUAUGGCAUUACACCAACGACUCGAAGAAGAACUUCGGGCCGCCAAACGUGCGCAACUGUCGUGCGGCGAAGUUCUAUUGCCGCCUGACUUACUACACCGAAUAGCUCAUGAUGUUCUCAAAAUGGCCGAAAGCGAACCCUGUGGUCUCAGAGGAUGCACUUUGUACCUGAAUUUCGAAGGUGAACAAGAAUGCCGGAAAAUCGGCACGAUCAAAUGCGACACCAAUACAGUGUCCACUUUUGAGUUGUUCCUCACUCUCAAACAAAACCCUAGAAAUGCGUGGUCACUCAUUCCACUAUUCAUUAGGAAUUUUACAAGCGGCGGCACUAUAGUGAUCGAUCACGAAUUCACAAUAGAAAAACGGAAGCUGUAUAGGUCUUUUUUAGAAUAAAGAGCGCCGGAUGUCCGGCGCUGCCGAACGCCAAAUCCUCCACCUCCUUCUCAUUAUCAGUAUCUCAUCAAAACACCAUCACCACCACAACUAAAAAUCCAACCAUAACUAGUACGACCGAUAGUACUCGUAUCACUAAUAGCACCGCCGUCGCCGUGAUUGAGAGAGAGCCAAGACUGAUCCCCUCGGAACAGCCUGUGCGUUACAAGACGAAAAACACUCGUAUCAACCAGUAGCGGUCUUUGUCGUCGUCGAUUAUCAUCAAGUAACAAAAAAACCCCAAUUUAUAAUAUUAUAACAUAUACGUGUAAUAAUAUAUUGGUCUCGUGAGUGUGUGGAAGUGAAUAUUUAUAUAUAUUAAAUAAGUAAAACUAAGAAGAUAAAAUAAACUAGCAUACGGCAUGAUUGUUUCGUACGUUAUAAAUCGUGUGCAUAAGUUAAAAAAAAAUCGAUUGUGAUCAUUUCUUUAUGUUACGUUUAGUUUUUUGUUCUCGUUAUUAUUUUUGUCGAUACAUUUAUACAUUGGAUUAUAUUUAUAUUAUAUAUAUAUUAUAUAUGUCGCCAGAUUAUAAUAUGAUUAUUAUUAAUAUUUUUUUUCCUUUUUUA